AUGCCCGAAAAACGCAAGACAGAGCAGGAGCAUGAAGCAGAUUCCUCUUACGCAAAGCGCGUUCGACAACAACUAUCGUACGCCGACCUAGACGGUCACUAUCAUGAGGUAGGGGUGAUGGGCGAUAAUGGCAUGGCUCCACAGGUGGCCAGAGAAUACGAGAGCGAUGGACAAGAAUCCACCGAGACGACCGAAAGAACAAAACAAGAAGAUAAAAAGAAUAAACGCCAGCAGCGAAACAAUACACGACCGCGUGUCGACCCCGUCUUCGGGCAGAGAAGCGCCUUUCCCGGCCUCGAUGACAUAGGUUCCGAAGAGCUUUUCUAUGGACCAGCAGAGGAUGGGCUGGAAUAUCUGCGCAUGGUUCGGUCUGAAGCGAAUUCGUUACCAACUCUUUUUGUUGCGGCAAAGGCCACCACGACACAGAAAAAUGAUGACAGAAUAAUCAACGAAGAAGAUGGGAAAAGCGAGAUGCCCAGUGCAUCAUCGCAGGUAGCCUCGAAGGAAGGGAAAAAUGACGAUGGCUUCCUUCUCGUUGACGGCGUCUUCAUCGCAACAUCCGCACCUUCGCGUGAAUCCGCCGAAGAAGCUACCCUCAACGUGCAAUCAGCGUACUACAAUAUGUUACGACACCGAUUCAUAUAUCUCCGAAGCACUCUGAAGUGCUCACCUCCCGCUGCCGCAAUCGCAAGCCUCGAUGAGACGCACCCCAUCACCUUCCCUUACCACGUCAAAGGGGCUCGACUUGCAUGGAGACGGAUGAUACUAAGUUCGGACCCACAGAUGGUACAGCUGGCAUGCAUGGAUAUGCUGACCGUUUUGAACGUGCUCCGACUAUUAGGCGAAAUGAUAUCAGAAUGUAUAAAAGGCGGAGAUAUUGUACAGCUACGUCGCAUCGGUGCAUGGGCGUGGGGCCUGUUGGGUAAAUGUCGAGAUGUAGGUGAACUCGGCAGUGAAGAGGUUGGGGAUAUAAGAGUGCUUGGAAGAAGGGCAGUUGGUGCUUUGGCAAAGUUGAACAAAGUUGGAUCUGCGGCCUCACUCAAUGAUACGGCAGAAUCUGGUCCUGAAGAUAACGAGGAUAGUGACGGUGAAGAUGAAGAGGAAAUAUCCGCUCAGACGACUGAUGACCUUGGAAAUGGCAGCAGAUUGGAAGAAGAAGCGCUGGAAAUACAGGAGGCUGCAGCAGUGGCUGAUGAUCCUAUGGAGGGAAUAGAUGAUUCCCAAGCGAUACCAACUGUUGAGCCCAUGCAAACAGAUGAAGUUGAAACAACGGAAAAUCUUGAAGCAGCCAAAGCCCGACUUCAAUCGCGACUUCUUGCGAGUGCAGAGCCUGAAGAGCAAGAAUCCAAAUCUGAAAUAGCAGAGCGAGGAAGGAGAAACACCUCAUCUCCGCUUGAUGAAGGUGAAGUAGUCGAAAAGCACGACGAUCUAGAACCUGAACAGCAUAUUGAAAAUACACCACAAAGCCGAGACAAACAAACACGGGCGUUGCUUGACAUGAUCAUUACUAUUGUGGGAGAAUUCUACGGUCAAAGAGAUCUUUUGCAACAAAGGGAUAUCUGGCAAUAA